CACACACACAGGAGGGAACACGCCCAGGAAUCAGGAAUAAAGUGUGUUUUCUGAUGGAGGGAGACUGUGACUGAAGGGAGUAACUUCUGUGAGAAUGUGGUCGAUCAGGUUUUGAUUUUCUUCCUCGACUGGUUCGACUCUUCAGAGCGAAGCGCGGUGCCUCUGCUCUGAGACGAGGACUCUCCUCUGACAGACCCACCUGCACUUUCUUCUCUUUUUCUGCUCAGGGUUCUCUCUCCUGUGUGUGUGUGUGUGUGUGUGUGUGUGGACUGUGAGUGAGGAAACCCGGACUAACAUGGCCGUGAACCUGAGUAAGAACGGCCCUGCGCUCAUGGCCGCCUACAAAGAGGUGGUGGACGGCAAGUCGGACACAAACUGGGUGCUGUUCACUUAUGAAGGGAACAGUAACGACAUCCGUCUGGCAGAGAAAGGAGAUGGUGGAUUGGAGGAGAUGGUGGAGGAGCUCAGCAGUGGGAAGGUGAUGUACGCUUUCUGUCGUGUCCCGGACCCCAACUCUGGUCUGUCCAAAUUUGUCCUCAUAAACUGGACGGGUGAGGGAGUGAAGGACUCUCGUAAAGGAAUGUGUGCGAACCAUGUGAGCUCCAUGGCCAGUUUCCUGAAGGGAGCCCAUGUGACCAUAAACGCCCGGGGGGAGGAGGACGUGGAGCCGGAGACCAUCCUGACCAAAGUGUCCAAAGCGUCUGGAGCAAACUUUAAUUUCUACAAAGAGACAGAUCACAGAGACGCCCCGCGAGGACCCGUGGGUUCAGUUUAUCGCAAAGUCAACGCUGUGGAGGAGAUUCAGCAAACCAGGAAGGACGACUUCUGGGACCAAACUCAGAGGGACGAACGGCUUCGUCGACAGGAGGAGCAGACGCGAGCAGAGCGGGAGAGACAGAGGCUGGAGGGGGAGAGGAGGGAGCUGGACGAGAGGCAGAGGAAGGAGAGGGAGAGGAAGGAGAGGGAGAGAGCGCAGCAGAUGGAACAGGAGAGGAUUCAUCAGAAGCAGAGAGAAGAAGAAGAACGAGAGAGGGAGCAGCAGAGACGGAACCAGCCGGAAAAAGAAACCAGGAAGUCGGGCAUCAACUCUGCAGCGUCGGUGCAGAAAGCUAACGAAGCCAGAUCACUGAUCUCUCAGAGAUCGUUUAACCCCAGAGACAUCUUCAAGCAGAGGGAGCAGAGCUUUGAGGCCGGCGGCAGAGCGUCUCCUGCUGCGCCCAGACCAGGGAGGCUGCGGAGUCCGUUUGUAUCUCAGAAUGCCUUCGACAGAGAAACCCCGGUGCAGCCUCAGCAUCCACCUGCUGCAGCUGUGACCCCCCCAUCUCCUGUCACACCUGUCACACCUGUCUCACCUGUGCUGUCUCGCUCACCUGCUGCAGCUGUGACCUUCCCAUCUCCUGUCACACCUGUCUCACCUGUGCUGUCUCGCUCACCUGCUGCAGCUGUGCCCCCCCCAGAGACCACAGGCUCACCUGUUCAGCCUGCAGACGAGGACGAGUGGUCUGAUGAGUUUGAUGACGACGCAGAGGAAGUGACGACAGCAGAGUAUCGCUCUCACGGGGAUCUGUACAGAGCGGAGCAGCCGGCGGCAGCAGAGGACGACCUGUAUGAAAACGUCCACGAGCAACAGGACACAGCUGAAGAACAGGAGGCAGAAACCAACGGAGAGAACAUCUGUGCCAGAGCGAUAUAUGACUACCAGGCUGCGGACGACACUGAGAUCACCUUUGACCCCGAUGACAUCAUCACCGGGAUAGAGAUGUUGGACGAGGGCUGGUGGAGGGGUUACGGACCUGACGGACACUACGGCAUGUUUCCCGCCAAUUACGUGGAGCUUCUCUGACUUUCUUCACCGUCCUUCAUGUAAAUCACAAAGUUCAGGUGCAAACAUUGGUAUGAAGCUGAGAACCAAUCAGCUGACAGACAGGAAGUGACGAAAUAAACUCGUUUGCGAAGUCUCUGUUCAAACAUCACUGGAUUCAGACUCACAAUAAAAGCUGUUCUUAUAGUAUAAGUGUGUUUGUACCACACAUUAUUAAAUCCAUUAUUUAUUUUCCUGUGUAAAUGAAACUGAGCGACACUACAGCUGCUGUGGAGCAACAUGUGAGGCUUCAUGGGAAAGUGUCUCACACUUUGACACCACUGUGUAUAAACUAACUCUGUACUGAGAGGUGUUCCUAAUAUUUUGUCCAUCCCAUUUAUAGGAAUUAGAUUUGACAAAAUAUUAGGAACACCUCUCA